UAAUCCAUACCCCAGUGUGGGUUUAAGCCUGCUGUGCCAGUUUAGAGGGCUUGACUUCAAGCCUCGUCCUUCUCCUGGUACCCUCCUCUCGCCCUGACUCCGUCCGUCCGCACGAGCAGCGGGAGCGCUGGUGCCAAAGCAAAGACACACAUUAUGUCAUUGGCAUCCUGGUUCAGGUGGAAUGAGCCCCCAAACCGCAUUUCCCAGAGGAACCCCACAGAAAUGGUGGUGGAAACGCUCAUGAUGGAGCUGAGCUGGCAGAUCAAGCAGGCAGAGAAGCAGCAGCGCGAGCGGGAGAACGAAUACCGCAAGAUCAAGACGGGGGUGGACUACGGCUGGCUGGUCAGCUACCCAAAGCAGAGCUACGACAUCAGCCCCGGAGAACGGCUGCAGCUGGAGGACAUGUGCACCAAAAUACAUCCUUCCUACUGUGGGCCUGUCAUACUCAGGUUCAGGCAAGUGGUUGCAGAGUACGAACCAGAAGCACAGGAAGUAUCCCGGCUCUUCCGCUCCGUCCUGCAGGAAGCUGCUGAGAAGAUCAAAGAGGAGGAAGAGGCCAAGAAGCUUGCAAGGCAAUGGAACACAAAGAACAGAACCAGCCUCUCCUUAACAACAUUUAAAUCUCGGUCCAGGAUUUCCCCAUUCAUCAGUGACAUCAAGACCAUCUCUGAGGAUGUGGAACGGGGCACCCAGCCCAACAGGAGGGUUUGGAGCAUGCCAGAAUUUCGGAACACCAAGGAUUUCUGACUCUAUACUAAAUAAGGUUUUUAGACACUGAUCUUUUGAAAGCCCAGUUAACCCUUUUUUAACUCUAUGGUUUCUUCUUUUUUCCAUCUCUCUUUUCCUGCCUGUCUCUGUCUUGAAAGCUGUGUCCGUAGUAACCGCUGCUGAUGCCUGCAGUCUGUGACACCAUUUAUUACCAAACAUGGUAGCUUUUCCUUUAACUCAGUAGCUAUCCAGUAACCUUAAGGACAAGGCUCACUUACUAUCUCAUUUUUAUUACUGCUUUCUUAAUGAAUUAGUUUUGCUAUGUCUGUUUUCUCCCUUUCCCCUCCAGCCUGGAUGUAGUUAUCUAUAAAAACUUUUGGCUCAAGCUACUGAGAGCUGCUGGCUGCUUCAAUCUUGCUGAAAGCAAGACAGCCACUUAAAUGAGUGAAGCUUGCAGGAUCAGGCUUGUGAGCUAAAGCUAGUAUCUGAUUUGGAACUGAACUUCCUUUUCCAACUAAUAACGUUCCUCAGUGCUACAACAAACUUCACAGGUAACCUCAGCACUACUCUUGAUCUGCUUUUUUGCUGACAGUUCACAAUCCAACCUGAGUAGAAACAGAUGCAAGCUUUUUGAGAUUAAAGACCAAUCAUGUUCCACAACCA